CAAAGAUGGCGUGCAUUUAUGUACUCUGUCAGGGUUUUGAAAUAUUUUCGAUGAAAAAAAGUUUUUGCUAAAGACAAACAACAAUUGUUCAUUUUAUCCGACUAAUAAUUGACAUCGCGCAAUAGAUAUACCGUAAAUCAUCAAUGGAUCGACGUAAUAAUAAUUUUCUUCGACGCAUUUGUUCCCCAAAAAGUGCAUUGGAAUAGAAUAACAUAACCUAUUUGUUCGAAAAAAAAGUUUAGACUUGACUUGACAAAUGCAUAACCUAACUCGGAGUGAACCUUGAACUGAUGCUUAAAUAAAGAAAUAAUAGAUCCCUUGAUUUGUGGAAAGAAAGGCGUGAGGAAAAUCGCUAGUAAUGUUAAAAACACUGGUUAUUAGUCACUGAUACAUUUUCGUACUAAAUUAUUCAUAUGUGAUAAGCAACCGAUUGGUGCAAUUGUGAUCAAAGAAUUUUUUUUAUACAAUUCGACAACGAAAGAAUAUAUUUGAAUAAUGCCAAAAAUAAGAAUGAGACAAUCACAUGGGGGAACGUGGCUUCAGCACCGAGAGAUGGGGAUGAACCCACCUCUGGGGCAUAGUGAUCGUUUUUUCAAGACUCUGUACUCGUCAAUUCAGCCAGUUACUUCAUGGGACCAUGGGGAGAAUCCCUGUAACGCGAUGCAUGGGGGUGUAUUCAAUUUAGAAUUUUCACCUGAUGGAUCUCUUCUAGUUGGAGUCUGCGAGAAGAAGAGCAUUCUGAUGUUUGAUCCACUGUGCAGACGUCUGGUUCAUGCAAUAGAUAAUGCCCACAACGACUGUGUCAAUUGUGCCAGAUUUUUGGAUCAACGAAUGUUUGCCACCUGCUCAGACGACAGUACAGUUGCACUAUGGGACGCAAGGAAUCUCAAGCAUCGCAUAAGAACCCUCCAGGGGCACUCAAACUGGGUUAAAAACAUAGAAUACAGCCCCAACGAUGGAUUAUUACUCACCAGUGACUUCGAUGGCAGCAUAUACACUUGGGACAUCAACAGCUACUCCGAGAACAGCUCCUUCUACAACCGAGUAUUCCACACAAAUGGUCUAAUGCGAACCAGACUGACGCCAGAUGCCUCCAAGAUGCUGAUAUGCACAACAUCCGGUUAUCUGAUCAUCAUUCAUAAUCUCAAGUUGAGCACACUGACUCAGGACCUUGCAGGAUUUAAGCCCAACAUGUAUCGCCUGAUGCAACUGUCACAGACAACAAUUCCAGCUGCUGCGAGUUUUACACAUUUGUUCUCACAGUCUCGACAGCACAAUAGAGUGGAAUUUCUCACGGAUUUCCCGGUUGGCGAUGAUGCUGAAGUCAUAUCGAGUCUUCAAGUGCAUCCCCAGGGGUGGUGUGCUCUCUCUAGGAAUGUCAGUAAUGGAGAAAAAUCAGAGUGGACCUGCAUCCAUGACAUCCAAGAGCGGGAAUCCCCGGACCCCUCAAAGCCCCAAAACGACGAAGAUCCGAGCCUGCCCUCACUGAGUGACCCCCCCGACGAUGACUUCGAGGUGUCCAGUCAGCCACAACCCUCACGCUCAGGCAUCCCCUCCUCCUUCGUCAUCGACAUCACCAACCGUGCAAGAAUCGUCCCAACAAUGUCAGACGUGCGCCCCAACUCGUUCGUAUCAACCGAUGCAGCCCAGCCCACACGUCCAUCCAGGUCGAACGGCUGGCGCAUCAACGUCCGCUCAAACCUCAACUCCAAUCGUUCGCGUCACCGAAACGUCAUGAGAACAAGUGCUGGAGUAGUUGAAAUAAGUUCAAGUGUCGACAAUCCCCCGAGUGAGAGGCCAACGGACGAAAAUAGACAAGAGCCAGGGCCCGAGGCUGAUCAACCCCCAGAGCGAAUGGACCCCCGAAUCCAACGAGGACUUUUCCAGUUGAAUUAUCUCAGACACAGAAACAUGGACAACACAAAUUUUCCAACCGCAAAUGUCGAGUUACACGUGAGCUCAAGUGACGUUUGGGAGGCUCUGGUGGCCAUCAGAGAGGCCAGAUUGAGAAGGGAGAGAGAGAGAGAAUUGUACACCACCAUCGACACUAGAAAUUGGUUGAGGAGAUCAGGAGGUGGUGUGAGUGUUCCACUGCCCCCAAGGGGCUCCCACACUGUCGUCAUUCUCGGUGAUCGAGGCAGACCGCAGAAUCAGACGCGUCAAGGCCAACAGCCAAUGUACGCGAUACCCAGGAACCAUAAAAUCCAUCAGAACGUCUCCAGACUGACUCAUUACAUUGAAGAGCCAAACGUAGGAUCAGGAUACAUCAAGGAGCUGUGCUUCUCGGCCGACGGCAGGCUCAUAUGCUCACCCUUUGGCUAUGGAGUUCGUCUUCUGGCGUUCUCCAAUGAAUGUCAGGAAUUAUCCAACUGUGUUCCAUCAUUGAAUGAGUCCCAGCAGCUGUACGAUUUGGGGACAAACAUCAGUCACUCUGACUAUGUAUUGAGCACCAAGUUCUCGCCAAGACAUUGCCUCCUAGUGUCAGGCUGUCUAAGUGGAAAAAUUGUCUGGCACCAGCCUGUAGUCUAGCCAGAAUAAAUUAUGAAAACUUG